CGUGAAGAAAAUCUUGAAAAGAAGCAAAGAAGAUGUUACGAUAUUUGUUGGUCUUGGUUGUAUUUGCAGCCACUUGCAUGGUGGAUGCUAAAGUCCCGUUAUGUAGGGAAGCUUUACAGGUUGAUGAGGUCGAUAAGGAGAUACCUUUAACUGAAGAUGUAGCGAAAGCUCUUUUGGACAAAUCUAGCGAUAAAUCAAAAGUUCUUAGUUCUAUGCCUCAACAGUCAAAAGCGCUUGUGAGUGGAGCUAAGCUUGCUCCCAUUUUAUCACUUGGUCCAAUCAUUUCUAGACCAAAGCCAUUGGUUUGUCCAAAAUACAGACCGUUUUACUGGGGACCACAAGAACUAUGUCCUAGUAAAAAAGUGAAAGUUUAUACCUUGUCUUCCCGCUCUUACGGUUUCUGUUAUGUAUUGUUUCCACAUUGGCAAAAUAUUUAUGAAUCCCGUUGCUUGUGUCCAACAUGCCGACUCAAUUGUUCUCCAACGAAUACCACCUUCAGACAUCGUUGUGUCCGAGACCCCAAACCAUACGUUUACAAAAAAGUUUGGGCCAUUUGCUACAGGUCUGGUUCGUGGCAGAUAAGAAACUUCUCACACAAUUUCUUCGAUGGAAAAUGCACUUGUAAAACUUACUACAGAGGCAGGUGUAGAGGUUAAAGAUGUAUCAGAAAUGAACGCUAAUCUCAAUUCUCUAUUCAUUCCUUAACCUACAAUAACAUUUCAUCAGUUUGUAAUAAAUGCGAAAUGUGUGACGUCACCAAAUACGCAACUAUUUUUGCAAAUGUUAUGACGUCACUGAUUUUAACCAAUAAGAAAUUGCUGCAUUGGUGUUAAGCUGUGAUUAUAUAGAAUUGGUUUAACUUCUGUUACCAAACUACUGACGGUUUACUUUCAUCCGGUGAUAAAUAAUGCAUCAAUAUUUUUUGUUUUUUUUUUUAAUAUUUCCAUUCUUAUAAAUAAAUAUUAGAUAACAAACUUCUUUA